AUGGACUCUGCCGUGAACAACGCCGAGAAGAAGCGGUGGCUCAGCGGUCUGCUUUGGUGGUCGCUCCUGGUCGAGCUGGCGUCGGGAGCUUCCCUCUAUGGCGAUGGCUUUGUACAGCUCAAAGCAACAGAGUCGUCCGACCAUAACAUGCUCCGCAUUCGCUUCCGAACCUCCAGCACCAAUGGCCUGCUGUUUCUAGCUGCCGGCCAGACCGACUACUUCCUACUAGAGCUGCAUGCUGGUCGCCUGCAGCUGAAACUAGACCUCGGAUCUGGGGAGCGAGUGUUACAGUCAGAGCGAGGCACCCAGCUCAAUGACCUGGCCUGGCACUCUGUGGAGGUCCACCAUGUGCAGCACAACAUCACUCUAACUGUGGACAAGAACUCUCAUACAAGUGUAAAGAUGCCAGGCUCCCAUCGUGAUCUCAACAUCUUGGAUGGCCUCUAUGUUGGAGGCUCAGGCGGCCUAGACAGACUUUAUAUCCCCAGAGACCCGAUUGGCUUCCGAGGCUGCAUGGACAACGUGGUCUUCAAUGAACAUGACUUGCUGUCAUCUCUUAGGCCUUAUACUGGAUUCAAAAAUGUCCAUGAGGUGUCUUUAGGCUGCAGUCCCCAAUUCUUUGCCACCGAGGAGGACCCUAUAAGCUUCUUCAGUUCCAGGGCUUACAUUUCUUUUCCAACCUGGAAUGCCCAACAGGAAGCGAUAUUUGAGUGUGUUGUGCACACUUCAGCCAAAGAGGGAAUUAUGUUGUACAGUUCAGCCAGAGAGGGUGACUUUGUGGCUGUGGAGAUUCAAGAAGGUUUGCCAGUGGCCAUUGUUGGAAAAGCAGGAACCAAAACUGAGCUUCGUUCCCUCACGUUCAUCAAUGACAGGAAAUGGCAUUCUAUCAAGUUGCAUUUCAGUUCCAAAAGCCUUGAGCUAACUGUUGAUGGAGAGAUGGUGAAAAGCAGCAUCAGCUCUCGUUCAAAGGGGCUUCAGCUCAAAGGUUAUCUUUUUGUAGGAGGUAUUGAUGACAGCACCAGAUCGGAAGUUAGAAAGGUGGGGCUCGUCUCUGUGUCUGGAAAGCGUGUCAGGGGAGGUUCCUUCAAAGGAUGUUUGAAGAACAUUGAAGUCAAUGGAGUGAAGAUGGGUCUCUCUAGUGCUGUUGUCACCAAGGAUAUCUCAGUUGGUUGUGAGCCAGAUAAAGAACCAGAACCAUCAACCACCAUAAGUCCAACAAGCGUUCCGGGAUCCCUUUUUCACUUCGUGACACCAACACCAUCUUUACACAUGUCCACUCUCGCAAGGGGCUUGGAUAGAAGGUAUGGCUCAAAUUUUGUGCAACUAAAAAACCUUGUGGUGCAGGAAGGUAGUAGAGCAUCUCUUGAGGCCAAACACAUUAAGGUUCUCUUGGACUUCAAAAAGCUUGGCAUUCGACAGUCUCAGAUUAUGUUCCGAAUUCGUGAGCAACCAAUUCGGGGUCAGAUAAGGCUUGAUGUCGAUCAAGACCAAGAGGAGAACACUUUCAGCAUGUUGGACCUUUGGCACGGACGAGUGAUGUAUAUCCAUGGAGGGUCAGAGGAACCAGAUGACUUCUUCAUGUUUUCAAUUUAUUCUAGCAGUAGAAAGGAAGUUCCUGAUUAUCUGAAGGACAAAAAAUUGUACCGGUACAAUAUUACUGUGACACCAACCAACGAUGCACCUGAAUUGAGUCUCCCUGAAGGAAAUCUCUUUGUCCUGUUGGAGAACUCAAAGAAACGCCUCACCACGGAUGUUCUAAAGGCCAUAGACAUUGACAGUAGCUAUAAUGACCUUGUCUUCUCUGUGCUUGGGAACCUGAACGCUGAUGCAGGAUAUUUGGAAAUUGAAAACAACCCUGGCAAGGCAGUGACCUUAUUCUCAUAUUUAGACUUGGAAGAACUCAGGGUUUACUAUGUUCACACAGGGGUUAGAAACUCAAGGAUAGUUCUUAGAGUUAGCGAUGGGGAAAAGGUCAGCAACACUGUGGUUCUAAGGGUCAUGGCCGUAGCGCUGGAGUAUAAGAUUGCCAACAACACAGGCCUUGAAAUCAUUCAAGGAGAGACAGCUAUAAUUGGUUCAAAGCAACUAGCUGUCCAAACUAAUGCUGUGAAACAAGUUGUAGAUGUCCGGUAUGAUAUGAUUGAACCCCCUCAGUACGGAGAACUCCAGAGGCUUCACUCAAGUGGUGAAUGGAGGCCUGCUGACUCAUUUUCCCAAAGACUUCUAGAAAAAGAGCGCCUGAGGUAUGUUAGCACUUUUCAAGACAUCCAGACAUCCAAUGCCACUGAUUACUUUAAGUGCAAAGUUAAUGUGGCUGCAAGGGCAACCACUGAACUACUCUUCCCAAUAACUGUGAAGUGGGUGAAAUACCACCUGGUGAGGAAUGUUAUGUUAAACUUGGAUAAAGUUAGGAAAGUGACACUGAAUUCUGAGCAUCUUUUUGCUGCAGCCGAAGGUGUGGCCCUCUUAGAGGAUGACCUUUAUUUUCGGGUUCUCACCAUACCAAAGAAAGGAAAACUCUUACUCGAAACCACAGUCUUGUGGAAGAAUUCAACCUUUAGCCAAAAAGAUGUAACAGAUCUUAAAGUACAUUAUGAGCUAGUUGACAGGCCUUACGAAGAUACUAGUGACAGAUUCAAAUUUCAGCUGGUUUCCAAACAUGCUCAGUCUCAAAACUAUGAUUUCCAGUUUUCCAUUAAAGCUGAUAUCAACAGUGUUUUCAUGAGAAAUGAUGGACUCUCCCUUCUGGAGGGAGAAAGUAAGCUUAUCACUAAAGAUGAGCUGUUUGCAGAGACUUUGAGUACAAAGGAUAUGUACUACACAGUCAUAAGCAGCCCCAGACAUGGAAAGCUAGCCCGUAUUAGUCAGUCAAAUUCCAAUGCUAGCUACGACAACAUCUUAACCUUUAGUAAUCAGGAUAUAUUAGAGGAAAGGAUAAUGUACAUUCAUGAUGAUAGUGAAACAACUCAAGACGAAUUCACUUUCAUAGCCUCCACCAGCAAAGGCUUCAAAUCUUCCAUUGCAGAGGAUGAAAUUGGCUCGAAGGGAGGAUUGUUCAACGUAUCCAUUCAGCUGGUCAAUGACCAAAAGCCAGUACGUGUUGUUGAUAAAGUUUUCCAUGUAGUAAGAGAUGGACAGAGGUUACUCACUUCAGAGGAUUUGCGUUAUCAUGAUGCAGACUCUGAUUAUGAUGAUGGUCAGUUGAUUUACACUCGACGUGGAAUCCCCAUGGGAGACCUAGUUCUGGUUAAUGACACCACGCAUCGGCUGUUCCAGUUUCGACAGAAGGAUUUGGAAGAAAAGCGAGUGUUGUUCAUUCACAAAGGUGUGAGCACUGGCAGGUUUGUGCUCUUUGUCUCGGAUGGAAAACAUUUUGUAUCAAGCCUUUUAGACAUCAGUGCACACGACCCUUUCUUGAAGGCUGGCAACAACACUGGUUUACUGGUUCAGAAGGGCCAAUCAGUAACCUUUUCCAGCAGUAACUUUAGUGUCAUAUCAAAUCUAGACAUCAGAGAUGACCAAGAGGUAAUUUUCAAGAUGGAUGUGGCUCCUAAGUAUGGAAGACUUUAUCGCAAUGAAACAAAGGUGGACUCGUUCACACUGUCUGACUUAAAGCAUGGACUGAUCUCCUAUCGGCACGAUGACAGCAAACAUCUGGCAGACUAUUUCAAUCUAACAGUGAAAGUGAAAGGCUUUCGAUUUGCAGUGAGGAUCAAUGUAAAGGUUUACCUGGAAAGUCAUCAGAGGCCACCCAUCGUGCUGCAUCACAACAACUUACUGGUAGAAGAAGGAAAACCAGUGAAGAUCGACGAAACUAAACUGGAGGUCACUCACGAGGACAACCUGCCAUCUGAGAUUGUAUUCACAGUCAAGGUAGCCCCCUCUCAUGGCUUUCUCCGGCGUUUUGUCGAAGCGGAGCAGCGCCACAUCGGAACCAAACAAUCCCCUGUCAAGACGUUUAACCAAGAGGACAUUAACAAUGGGAACAUCCAGUACAUGCAGGUGGAGCCCAACGAAGUCAAUGACACCUUCAUCCUCGAUGCCACCAACGGGGUCACUGACGUCAGUGACAUUAGGAUGUCUGUUGACAUCAUCCCACGCCUCAUCCCACUUCAGGUCUCAAAUUUCACUCUGAAUGAGGGCGCUUCCAAGGCACUGACCCAGGAUGUGCUCAAAGUCACCAACCGACAUUUUUCUGGAAUCAACUUCCUGUAUAGUUUGACUGAGCCCCCCCAGCACGGUCACAUUGAACACUCUCGACAUCCUGGUGUGUCCAUAACCUCUUUCACCAGGAGGCAGGUGGAACAUGAAUUCAUUUACUACAUCCAUGACAGCAGCGAAACCUUAGCCGACAACUUCACCGUGAUGGCCAAUGACUCAGGCCUGAGGAAGCAGAGUGCAGCCCAGACGGUGUACAUCCAGGUUACAGCUGUCAACGAUGAGCCUCCUGUUAUUACAGCCAACAGGGUCCUCAGGGUUUGGGUGUCCUCAGUGACAGAAAUCAGCCCAGAGGAUCUAAGGGCGCAGGACCAGGACACACCCCCAGAGGAGCUCCAAUUUAUGGUGACCCCACCGAGCAACGGAUACCUGGCCCUGAAGAGUGCCCCCAUGAAGGCCGUGCUCAACUUCACCCAGGCAUACAUAGACCAAGGACAGCUGCUGUUUGUGCACAAAGGUGCCAUGUCUGGAGGAUUCAACUUCCAAGUCAACGAUGGUGUGAACUUCACCCCGAGGCAGAUCUUCAGCAUCACUGCCAGAGCCUUAGUCCUCAGUUUAGAGAAAAACCGUCCACUCAAGGUGUUUCCAGGCUCCUCUGCACUAAUCACAAAUGAGGAUUUACAAGCGGAGACCAAUGACAUUAGCAACACCUCCAAUCGCAUCAUUACAUUUAGUGUGAUUCGGCAUCCUAAGCUGGGGCGACUGGUGACAAGGCAGCCUGAUAAUUCAACAGUAGACAUCUCCACUUUCACACAAGAUAUGGUGGACAGGAAAGAGGUUAUGUACAUUCAAACCCCCAUUGAGUCAGUGGGCUGGGAAGCCAUGGACUCCAUGACCUUCUCUGUGGCAUCACCGCCUGCUUCUCUGGACAGUCAGACCUUCAAAAUAGACAUUUCCUAUGAGAAUACUGGACCUGAACACAACACAGUCCUGCUCGCAAACACAGGUGCGGCGGUAACAGAAGGGGAGAGUGUCAUCAUUGAUGAGUCCAAGCUUGAUGCCACUAACCUGAUGUCCAAGCUGCCAACGCCUCAGCGGGGCUCCCAUGAGGUCUGGUUUCAGGUAACAUCCCUGCCUCAGCAUGGCGUCAUCAUGGUGGGUGAGAGAAACCUCACCAAGGAGAAACCUAACUUCUCCCAGUUCAUUAUCCACAAAUAUGGUAUCACCUACAAGCAUGACAACUCGGAGACAACUUGUGAUUCUUUUGCCUUCAGUGCAUGGAUAAAUCCUAAGGGAAAAACAGCACAGCGCCCUCAAGAUGAUAGUGAUGUUGUUGAGGAGCGUUUUAACAUUACAGUCACACCGGUGAAUGAUCAGCCACCUUUGCUAAAAACCAAAGCUCCAAGUCUGAGGGUCGUACAAGGAGAUACAGUUGUCCUCGGCCCUGAGAAUCUCAAAGUUGAAGACUUAGACAAUCCCCCUGAUGACAUUAAGUUCUCUGUGAUUAGCAAGCCAAACAAUGGUUACCUAGCUCUUGAAGGAAGUUUGAAUCAGUCGAUAGUGGCCUUCACCCAAGCCCAAAUCAAUAACAGAAGCAUCUAUUUCAUCCAUGAUGGAAGCUCCGCCUCAGGGGUGUUCUACUUCAGUGUUACAGAUGGUCAUCAUAAACCAAUUUAUAAACUCUUUAACCUGGAGGUGACAGAAAUCACAAUUUCUCUGGUCAACUACACUGGAUUGACACUGGAACAGGGCAAGACUUCGGUAUCACUGACCCAGGAUAACCUUGCUGCUGUUACCAAUGGGAAAAACGUCACCAUUCACUACCAGAUUACAAGGCCUCCAAACUUUGGCAAACUUCUGAAGGACAACGACAAAGAGGUUACACAGUUUGAACAGGAAGAUCUACAGGCUGGAAGGUUGUCCUACCACAUGAUCUCCCUUUCCUCUGGAGGAGACAGCUUUGAGUUUACAGCCCUCACUUCGGAAGCAAAUCUCACUGGCCGAGUGCUUAACAUAACUGUCACACCUUUGAUCAAGUUUGGCAAAGAUGUGAGGAUUCCCAAUGGGAUUGCAGUCAAACUCAGCGCUAGUUUUCUGAAUGCCUCUGAACUCGCUAAAAUUAGUAAUAGUGACCCUGUAUUUGAAAUGAUCUCCCACCCUAAGUAUGGGAAGGUGGUUCAAACAAAACCUAAAAUGUCCAGGAAAGCUGCACAAGCUGACUCCUUCACCUUUAAGGAGGUGAUGCAGGAGAAGGUAGCCUUGGAGCUUAAUGCCAAUAUGACUGGAGUUCAAGAGCUGAAUGACUCAUUGGUGUUUCUGCUGAAAGCUGAUACCAUCCAACCUGCUAAAGGGGAGUUCCACUUUACAGUUGUGCCAUAUGACCCAGCACUUUUUCCCACCACAAAGAGUCCUGUCCCAACCACAUCAUCUGUUACUCAGACACCAAUCCAGACUUCCAGAAAUGGAACUGCUUCACCAUUCCUGUCUACAGCUUUCCUCUCCACCCAGCAACCAAGCAAAAACCAGCAAAAGUUCAAGGGACGCAACCGCUGGGGAAACUCCAACAGAACUAGCAUUUUCAGUACAACACUCGGCAAACCAACACGUGGAACGGAGGAUUUCCUCUUUAGGAACACACCAGUUCGUGUGGAAUCCUACCCUCAAAAAACCUCCAAUCCGCUCCUGGUGAUCUUACCACUACUGGCCCUGCUGCUGCUUGUAAUCAUCUUUGUAGUCCUGGUUGUGUUUCUUCGACAUCACAGGCAAAGGAAGCAGAGCACUACUGCACCAAAGGAGCCACCUUCCACUGGUCUUCCAAGCAGUGAGUCCUACCAAGGCCAAACCCAGAGGAGCACAACAGUUCCCUCAGUGACUGUCACUCCAUUGAACCCCAACUGCCCGGGCAGCCCUGUUCUUGAUCGAUUACUGGUGUCAAAUCAUGGUACGGGUUAUGACACCAUUGAUUCAAACAUGCUCAUAAGUUCCUGGAGCAAUGGUUCCCCUGCAGCAUCUUCCCAAAUUAUUAGAACCGCCACACCCACUCUUCAGAAGAAUCAGUACUGGGUAUGAUCUUCCACAAACCGACUUAUAGCUAUAUGUGUUGGAGAUACUGUUACAGGUUUUGAUAAUGGAUUAAAUGUGGUUGAGUACCAAAUGAGGCUGUAAUUAACUAUUUUAUUAGCUUAAAGCUGCAUAAUCAAUAUUUAUGUAUUAAUACUGACUCGAAUUACCGUGUCAUGUGUAAGGUUUCACUCAUUGGGACAAACUCAGAAUUAUCACCCAACACAAAGUUCAACAAAGUGACAAACUAGCUAAGGAAGAAAGUCAAAUAUGUAGCAAACUAAAGACCAAGAGUUGUUGGAGACUAAAUCAGAGCUAAAAGCUCCCCAUAUGGCUAGACAGAGACCUCAAAUGGGACAAUAAUGUGCUGGAAGUGUAAUAAGGCAAUUGUUUGCUAACAAUUUAAGCAACAACUUUAUAAGGCCACAAUACAGUUCAUCAAGACAGUGCAUCUAUUUUGAGUUCUUGUGCCCCUUGUUGGCCAAAUAUUGAUUCAUGCAGCUUUAAGGAUAGAUAAAGGACAAAACCACUAUGGCCAAAGUUAUUUGGAAUACAUUAAUAAGAGUCAGGACGACUUUGAGUUCUCUUUGAGUUGCACAAUCCAUUGAAACACUGGCUAACAAUCCAACACCAAUUACUGCAAUAAGUUCAGCUGGUGGGACAGACUUUGGUCAUUAAGCAUUUACGAAGCAAUCAUCAUUGUGGUAAAUUAUAACCUAUGUUUGGUGCCUAAUUUAAUCAGUCACGUCGUUGUCUGGUCCUCAUGCACAUUGAAGUCUCUCCCAUUAUGGGUCAUGGUCAUCAGAGCGGGAGCUGAUGCAACUGUGAAUUACUAAGACUGACACUGGUACAAAGAUGUAUUGUCUAAGGAUUUCAAUUGAUUGUUCAGAUUUUAUAUUGUUGUUAUGUAUCAUAUAUUACAGUAUAACUUUUUGUAAACUCAGGUAUUUUGUUAAUAGUCAUUUACUCCAUGUUACCUUUAAUGAGGGUUGCAUGUCUUGUCAAUAACAGGUUUUUGUUUUCACAUUGCAGGAUUUAAUCUUAUAAAUUUGAGGGUUUUGUCGCAAAUGCUUCCCACCAUGGUUGUAUAUUGAAAUGGUUUUGCACCACUAUUAAAAUAUUUCUUUCUUUAUAGCCCUGGUAAAAUCACACUGGGUAAAACUGUUUUAUAAUUUGUUCUUUUUUUAUUUUACUAUGCACAUUAUUUAUAUAUUUUAUAUUGUAUUCCACCCACUUUCACCUCAGUGAUUAAAAUUCAAACUGCAGGUUCAUUCUGUCAUCAUUUAACAGGUUCUCCUACAGUUGAAUAGAUAGUGGGUUCACCUACUUUAAGGGAGAUUUAGCUGCUAAGCCUAAAACAAUCUCAUUAGUCUAGGAGAGGUAAUGACUUUCUGAGGUGAGAUAUUAAAUAUUUGUCAACAGAACAAGUUGUCAGUCUCUUGCUUUUGAGCAGCAAUUCAAGGAGUCCUUCUUUGAAAAUACUGACAGGUGUUUCCCAGACAAAUUACAAAAAACGGACAAUUUCUUUGACUGAAAUAACAGCUGGUAUUUAUGUUCAUUAUUUAACACUGACAAAACUGUAUUACUUGUGUCCUUAGAUUCUUGACAUUAUCUACUGUAGGCCUUGGCUGUCUGACACUGAAAUGCUGUGUCUACUGUAAUGAAAGGUACUUUUCUGACUUGUUCUGGCAAGCUAGGCAAGAUAAGAAAUUGCUGUCACUGAAAAUCACUGUAAACUUGUAUGUUAUGGAAUCAUUUUGUACUGAACAGAAGUGUCUAUCCAGUGUAUCCCAGUGUCAUAUGAAUGAUGUAACCUAUGUAACAAGUGUCAUAGUUAUUUAUACCAUAUUUUUA